GUAAAGUUAACAGGGCAUAAUGUGAAUGAAACAUCUAAUGCCGCAGAGAAUGAUAGUUAUCAGUUAAAUUCUGAUGAAGAUAUGAUGAACAAUUUCUCCGGGUCUAAAGAUGGUGAUAGAACUGAAGGAAGGUUACUUGAAGAGCAACAAAGGCCACGCGGAAAGACACGCGGAAGACCAUGUGGGAGUUCACGUGGAAGUUCGCGUGGAAGUUCACACGGAAGUUCUUCGCGCGGAAGACCAUGCGGAAGUUCUUCGCUGAAAAAAGCCAUUGAUUUCAUUGCGGAAUCAUGGGACAAUGUAAGUAACACAACUAUUCAAAACUGUUGGAACAAGACAAAAAUUCUUCCAAACACAAAUGAGGCAAACGUAGAAACCACAGAUCAACAUACCAGAAGUGAUGCUCUAUUAGAAAAUGAGAAAAUCGAAGAAAUAGUUGCAAGAUUACCAGAUGAAAGCUUUUAUGCGCCGGAGACUGCCCAAGCCAUAUCAACGUAUUUACAAAUAAUUGAUGAAUCUAUUGCUACAGAAGAACUACUCAAUGAUAAGGAAAUUACCAUUGUUCACUAUGAAGAACAGGAAAGUUCAGAGUCAAAUCUCUCUCUUGAAGAAUUAGGAUUUUUAAGAAAACUACUCAGGGAAUAUAAAUGUGUAUAUGAAAAGUCAAAGAAACAAACCAAAAUUACUAGUUUUUUUAACUUUCAAGACUCACGUUUCUAUUCUCAAGAUUCACCCUUUCAAGACCAAUAUUCUCAAGAUCAAGAUUCACAUUUUCAAGAUCCGUAUUAUCAAGAUACAUAUUCUCAAGAUAUGUAUUCUCAAGGCUCAUAUUCCCAAGAUUCGGAUUCACAAGAAUUAUAUUCGCAAGAUUCGUAUGUUCAAGAUUCGUUUUAUUCUCAAGAUUCAUAUUUCUAA